CGUUUAUGUUCAAAUAUAAGUAUAGCCUGUAAUAUGUUACAAGCAAAAUAAUAUAUAUAGGCUUGGCUAUAUAUAUAUAUAUAUUUCAUCUUUCUACCAAUACAUGACUUUAUGAUAAUAUGCAAUACAUUACAAUUACAGCAUUACAUGGUUCCACAUAGCCAGGCAUGGUGUAACGUAUCAUAUGGUGUUAUACAAUAUCACAAAUCAUAGCUGAGUGCUUGCGCAGGCGGAUGUGCGAGGUAGCACUAUCAGAGAGAGGUAGAGAGCAAGAGUGAGGGGUUAAAGGCCCGAGACCACCGCCUCUUCCGGGGGGGACAAUGCAAAGAUUUGUGUGUCGCCAUGGUGACUAAUUUCACCACACAUCUUCAACCGCUGUGAACGACCUGGCAGUGAGCAAUCAUGGAAAAUAUCCUGGCCGGUCUUCCUACAAAAAUGUAACAAAUCACAAAACACGCUAAACAAGGAGUCACGGUGGGUUGGUACAGCCGGCGUCGCAAUUGCAAGAUUAUUUGUGUCCUUCGUUAUCAUUUUGGUAAGGCAUUAAAAAGUAGUGCUGCGAGGCCUGGGAAAGGCUUGGAGGAAGGCUGGUGAGGGUUUAUAUUCCUUCAUAUUCCUGAGCUGGGGAUUAUCUUUAAAAAGUCCAUUCAUAUUUCAUCAAGACGGCAAUUAAAGUUGAAGUGCCCAUUAAAUCCAUUUUCUUAGCCUGUUUAAAAAUGUAGGCGUCAAAUAACUUGUCCAUUAAUUGAGGAUGUGAUUUUGGGGGAGGUUUAAUAAAUGUAAUACAACCUUUGCAUUCAUUUCACCAUAGUUUUGGUUGGCUGUCAAAAGCAACCUAGAUAAUGCUCAAACUAAAGACAGACUCUCAAUUUCGUAUGUUCAAACAAACACAAAGCAGAUAUCCUGCCAAAUCACCUACCUAUGACAAAAAGUAUCUUCAUGAAAGCAUUCCACUGGUUUUCAAACAGCAUGGUUUUAUCAGUGGACAUUUUAUUAGUUUGACAUAGAAACAUGAGUUUACAAUCCCUCAUUGUUUCUGAGGCCUUGAGGACAGCUAUGACUCCAAAACAUAUCCAUAUUUAAAGAGUCAGCAUAAUAUUAACUACAAAUUACUGAUACAUCUUUUGUUCAGUUUCAUACUGCUCUAAGCUACAACGAUAACAACACCAUAAAAACAAUGCAUAUAAUUAUUUUGUUUUCCGGGAGUGCUCAUUUAAUAUAAUACUUAAUAAUAAUACCGCCACCAGAAGGUGUUCUGCAUGACCCUAAGGCAAAAUAACAUCUCAAAUGUGAGAGUACCUGCCAGCAGUUUCCUUGAAAUUGUUUGCAAUCACUCUUGCCAUUUACCCAUAAGGCAUCAUUUCAUUCACAGUUAGGGGAUAAUAAAAUUCUCACAUGGUGAAGCACAAAAAAUAAUGCCCCUACUUGCUAACACAGCCACUCUACUCCAAAGAAUUGUAUUACCCUGGUACCCUUGGAAAGAGGUCACCCAUGAACACAAUAGGCAUGCUAAGCUAAGGUUAAGACACCCGACCUCCAUGCUGGAAUACGAUGGAAUUAUAUCAGGGUGAGCUGAUGUAACUUCGGAGGGAAUUAUGAAACUAUGCCUGACUUCGUCUGCCCCGAUGAAAAAUGCAUCUGCCAGAGAUUUUUUCCAGGCCAGCAAGGUGGCUGCCGGGGACGGCAGUGGGAGCCAGUCCGACCAUUGUCUCGUCUUCUCUACGAUCAAAGCUCAGGAACACUUGCUGGAGGAACAGCAAUGCUUCUUUCAUCUUGCCAGUGAUGAGAUCGGCCGUCGGGAGCGUCUCCACAAGAAGAAGACAGCGAGAAGAUCCUCCGCGCAAAAGUGGAAAGAGUGGCUCUUGAAAUCACAAAACCCCGGUCAUUGGAAAGCGGAUCCGGUCACCAAACAAAUGCGAGAUGUACUCUGGCCUGGCCGCAGUCUCGUCUCUUCACAAGCGAGUUCAACAGCAGAAGAAGAAGAAGAUCGCCGUUUCCCGCUCUGCUCCGGCCCCCGUUGACAUCAGAAAGGCCGACGUGAUGGUCUUCAGCUAAACCAGAACCCUCUCCUUUUUCAUGACCCGCCUCCUGUUGCAUUGCCUCGUCUCCUCCUGAAACUCCCUCGCCAUGGCCUGCUUCCUGGCGUCCGUCUUUUUCCUGGUCCUCCAGUCCUACGCUGCCCCACCGGAGCUGCUCCAGGCAGCGGUCACCCUGCACACGCUGGACCUCGAAGCGGGAACAUCCGCCAACGUCUCGGGGGACCUCCCACCCCCAGGCACGAGCAAACGAGCCCCGCACAGCAUCAUCAUCGGGGUGCGCAAGGGCGGCACCCGAGCCCUGCUGGAGAUGCUGGACAUCCACCCCGAGGUGGCGGUGGCGGCCACCGAGGUGCACUUCUUCGACUGGGACGAGAACUACGCCAAGGGCUUCGAGUGGUACCGUGACCUGAUGCCCUACUCGUACCCCAGGCAGAUCACGGUGGAGAAGACGCCGGGCUACUUCACGUCGCCCCUGGCACCCGAGCGCAUCCGCGCCAUGAACUCGUCCAUCAAGCUGCUGCUGAUCCUUCGGGACCCCGCGGAGCGGGUGGUCUCGGACUACACCCAGGUGUACUUCAACCGGCUGGAGAGCCACAAGCCCGUGCAGGCCAUCGAGAACCUGCUGGUGCGCAACGGCGCCCUCAACACCCGCUACAAGGCCAUCCACCGCAGCCUCUACGACGUGCACAUGCGCAACUGGCUGCGCCACUUCCCCCUGGAGCAGAUCCACAUCGUGGACGGGGACACGCUGAUCCACGACCCGCUGCCCGAGCUGCAGAAGGUGGAGCGCUUCCUCAACCUGCCCCCCAGGAUAGUGUCCUCUAACUUCUACUUCAACCAGACCAAGGGCUUCUACUGCAUCCGCAGCGACGGGCGGGAGCGCUGCCUGCACGAGUCCAAAGGGCGGCCGCACCCGGCUGUGAACAGCACCGUGCUGCAGAAGCUGCGCUCGUACCUGCGCGAGCACAACCACAGCUUCUACCGGCUGGUGAAGCGCACGUUUGACUGGCAAUGAGGGCACCUGGGCAGGCAGACUCAAAGAGGGAGAGGGUCCUUUCUUUGCUUUGCCUGUGAUGAGGGCAUUGAGAAUGAAUGGAAGGCAGGAAGACUGAGGGGGGAGGGAGGGUGAGGGAGAGGGAGAAGCACUUUACGACCUGACAUUUCCACACCCAUUCGAAUAGCCUCGUAAUAACUACCAUUGUAAACUCUGGUUUCCACAGAGCGGGCCGAUAUCUCAAGCCUUAGGAAUAAUUCUUCAAAUACUGUAUACUGUACUGCCAAGGUCACAUAAAAAAAUGUAAAAUGAAUCCCCAAGCUUGGCAAGUCCUUCUCUCUGUGCUGUAUUAGUCACCAUAUCGCAGCGGUUUGAAGUUUGUAAAAAAAUAAUUAAAAAAGAAUGACAAUUUUCUUUCUUCUCUUAUUUGAUAUUCUUGUUCUUAAUAAUAAAUCGGUUUUGCUUCAAGAUA